ACACGGCUUUUUGGAAGAUCUUUGACUUCUGGCCUUCAAGGAGAAAUUCCAUUUUCUUAUGUUGAGUCAAAAUUAAAUACACUUAUGCUAUUUCAGUUUGCAAUUUAUGAAUCAAAAUUGUCUUAUCCUACUCUCUGUAAGAUAAGGAAUGAUUUUGAUAAUGAUGAUGAGAAAGCCAGUUUGUUUAUGGAAACUCUUAAUGACGAUCCUAUAAUGUUAGAUGCUCUGAGACAGGAUAUAACUCGAUACAACAAAACAGAGCCUGGAAAAGUAGAAUGGCAUGAAAGCAUUGUACUUCUUGAGUGUCCAUCUCCUGCUCAGUGUGAAGAUGUGACCAAUAAACUGAAUGAUAUUGAUAGAGAUUUUAGUAUAGAGCAGAAAUUUUCACCUCACUCUGCACUGAUUUUACUCUCAGCACCUGUAUUGAGAACAAUGAUGCUGCAUGCUAUUGUGAUAUAUUUUGCUCCACUACCUCAUGACUGCAUCCAGUGCCUGUGUCAAAUACUGAGUAGUAGUAAAACAAUACGAAAGUUAUGUAUCAUUUAUUACUCUAUUGGUGACAAAGGUGUAAUUAGCCUUUCCCAAGCAAUUGUGCAGAACUGUAAUUCUACAUUGAGCAGAUUAGAUCUUUCUCAUAAUCCACUCAUUACAUCUGCUUGUGCAGAGGCUCUCUGUGAGCUCAUCCUUGCUACUGAUAGAAUAUGGGGAAUUGAUUUGAGGGUAACUAUGAUGUCUUCAGAAUCAGUGCUACUUCUUCUUCAGGCUUUAUCUGCAAACAAGAGUGUAAGAAGACUGAUGCUUGAUGUAAAACACAAGAAGACCUUUACUGAAACAUACACAGAAUACCAUCCAAUGAUGGAACGGUUGGUCUUUGCAGAAUACUACAGCUACGAUUAUUUAUAACAGACUACUGUGUUGCUCACACCAUUGAUAUUAUCUGUGCUCAGACAUGCUCAAAGUUAUGU